UAAUUUCUUGUAGCUUUUAAUUUACUGUUUAAAAGAAAUAAUUAGUGAUUUGAUAAACAUUGUGGCUAUAUUUCUCCAAUUUUAAUGCCUAUUUGUAAACAUAAUUGAAUCUUGGGAGUAAUCUGAGGACGCCAAAUCCAAUUAGGAAGAAUUAUGCCUGUUCUUAAUUCAGUUUAAGGUUAACUAACUGUAGAUUGGCCUACCCUAUUUACAUAACCAUAAUUUUCAUAAUUUCUCCAGCAUAUAAAUGCUAAUGGAUAAGUUUAGUUGUCAAGCUCUCCUUCAACUGUUUCUAAAUUAUGUUUAUCAGGCUCCAUUUCCAUAUUAGCACAGCGACCAAGAGCAAGAGUGAAAUUAGGCUUAAAGGAUUCAACCAAAAGCAGCAAGCCAGUAGAUGUAAAAGUUGGAAUGGAUGGUGGUAAAGAUGAGGUAAACAAAGUGGGUUCAGGAAAUGCAGUGCAACUGUCAGCUGGCAUCACACCUCCCCCACCCACUCAGAUCAACAAACUCAAGUUUGGCCCUCCCUACAUAAAAAAGGAUAAGAGGCAAAACUCAUCAAGGUUCAAUAUAAGCAAAAAUAGGGAACUUCAAAAGCUCCCCAUUCUGAAAGAUGCAUCUUCUGCAGACAGAGAAGAGCUGUUUGUUCAGAAGAUUCGGCAAUGCUGUGUCUUGUUUGACUUUGUGUCAGACCCUUUGUCAGAUCUUAAAUGGAAGGAGGUGAAACGUGCUGCACUCCAUGAGAUGGUCGAGUAUGUCACUACUCAGAGAGGUGUCAUUACUGAGGCCAUCUACCCUGAGGCAGUCAACAUGUUUGCUGUAAAUCUUUUCCGCACUUUGCCUCCUUCAAGCAAUCCGAAUGGAGCAGAAUUUGAUCCUGAAGAAGAUGAACCUACAUUAGAAGCUGCUUGGCCACAUUUACAACUAGUGUACGAGUUUUUCUUAAGGUUCUUGGAGUCUCCUGAUUUUCAACCUAAUGCUGCAAAGAGGUAUAUUGAUCAAAAGUUUGUUCUACAGCUUCUUGAACUAUUUGAUUCAGAAGAUCCUAGAGAAAGAGAUUUUCUGAAAACAACGCUACAUAGAAUCUAUGGAAAGUUUUUGGGCCUUAGAGCUUACAUCCGUAAACAAAUCAAUAAUAUUUUUUACAGUUUUAUAUAUGAAACAGAACACCACAACGGAAUUGCAGAACUAUUAGAAAUAUUAGGAAGCAUCAUCAACGGGUUUGCGCUUCCAUUGAAAGACGAACACAAGGUGUUCUUGCUGAAAGUUCUUCUACCUCUACACAAGGUCAAGUCCCUCAGUGUGUACCAUCCUCAGCUAGCCUACUGUGUUGUGCAGUUUCUUGAGAAAGACCCAUCUCUUACUGAGCCCGUCAUCAAGUGCCUACUCAAGUUUUGGCCCAAGACUCACUCACCUAAGGAAGUAAUGUUUUUAAACGAAUUGGAAGAAAUUCUCGAUGUCAUUGAACCAGCGGAAUUUCAGAAAGUAAUGGAGCCUCUUUUUACCCAACUGGCUAAGUGUGUCUCAAGUCCACACUUUCAAGUUGCUGAGAGAGCUCUCUACUAUUGGAACAACGAGUACAUCAUGUCCCUCAUCAGUGACAAUGCUGCUGUUAUACUGCCUAUCAUGUUCCCAUCUCUGUACAGAAACUCCAAGUCUCACUGGAACAAAACUAUUCAUGGAUUAAUAUACAAUGCAUUGAAACUGUUCAUGGAAAUGAAUCAGAAACUUUUCGAUGAAUGUACUCAACAGUACAAACAAGAAAGGCAAAAAGAGAAAGAGAGACAGAGGGAGAGGGAGGAUAUGUGGGGCAGAGUUGAACACUUGGCCAUGUCCAACCCUGGCUACCAACUACCUCCUAAGCAACAGUAUCUGUACAACAACAACAGCAACAUAGUCACAUCACCUCCCGGCGGAGAUGACGAUCCUGACAUCUCCUACGAGAAACUGGAACAGGAAGCAAGAGAGGUGAGGAAAGCAAGGAACAAGGAGAAGCCGUUGCUGAGACGCAAGUCAGAGUUGCCCCAUGACAACUACACAGUCAGAGCUCUCAGUGACCACAAGCGGGCCGAUGAGUUUCUGCCCACCCCUCCGGACGUCAACAAGUGCUAGCCUACGUCAAACUACCAACAUAUUUCCAUUACUCUUAUAAUUUGUUCUUUAAACACGGUUUGAAGUAACUCCCUUUGUUUCAUUUUAUGUGAUAUUCAUUCUAUCGUUACGCCAGCUUUAUUUAGAGAAAAAAAUACCAGUAAAUUUUGAGCAUUUAACUAAUUGAUUUUUAGUAGAAUCUAUAUAAAUAUAUUAAAUUAGUAUUAAAUUGUGUCAGUUAAUCAGUUUAUACAGGUUUUAUGAUAUUGUUAUAUUUUAUGCUAUGUUAUGUGUUGUUGUUAUUAAAAAGAUCCAAUACAAUACUUAUUAAAACCCCUAAUAUGUUAACUGUUUAAAUGUUUUCUUAAGAAUUAAGGCAGUAUUUUAUAAAGUCUGCAUAUUUUUAGUUAUAUUUAUUCUGCUAUUACAAAUAUACACAGUAUACAUAGAAAUAUUUUUUCAAGUCCUUCUUUGUAGUUUUAAUUUUAAAACAUCCAUAACCAACAUGUUGAUUUUAUUUUAUUAUUUUAUUUUUAUAUGAUAUACAUAUUUUUAAGCUACUCUAACCAAAAUUGUCUAUAGACACAUUAAGAGAACGUUAUUCGUCAAGUUGAUAGAUUGUAGUGUGCACUGCUGAAGUUAUCUGUUGAAGUAGGAAAUCAUGCCUUUUCACUUUGACUACACCAAAUACCUGUAUAUUCUGUAGUAAAACUUGAUAUUGUUUUGGAAAAAAUAAAUAUUGAUUUAAUGAGUUAGCACUAGGGAUGGGUGAGACAUGAUUUUAAAUUCUAUACAGGAUUGAAAUUGCAUUUUUAUUACCUUCUAAUAUUCUAGAAAUGUUUAUUGACAAUUUGUUUGUUUGUCUAUCUUGUGUGUUAAAUUUGUUAAAUUUAUCUUGUAAAGAAAAAUGUAAAUGAAACCUACAAAAUUUAUAUGAUUUAGAACAUUUAUUAUUUAAAUAAAAGGGAAAAUUACAUGGUUUUUUAAAUAAGUAAAUGCACCUGAGCUUGAAAGUAAUUUGAAAUAUAUAAGAAUAAACCUAUUAAAGAGCACUAAAAGAAGCCAAUAAGAAACCAAACAUGUGCAGAUUACCCCGAGUGAUAUUUUUCUAUAAAAAAAGAUUUGUAUAUCUUCCAAAAAUGUUAAAAUAUUUUUAAGUUAUGUAUCCAUCCAAGUGUUAAACUUAUUUUGCAUUUUCAUAAAAGAUAAUGGUUAGUUAAAUAACAUCUUUUGAUAAGUUGUAAAGCUGAUACUUUUAUUGUUAACAUUCAUAAUGGAAGUCUUGUGUCAGCACCUCUUACAGCUUCAACAAUCUAAAAAGCAAGUGUGAUAUGGUCACAUAUAACCAACUGAGAGUUUAUUUAUGACAGUGACAUAAUUGACUAUACACGGCUACAUAUCAUAAAUUUUCCGUGAUAGCCCAAAUGUGUUAUCCAUUCUCAACAAUCACGAUAAUUUUGCAAUAUUCCUAUCUUUAAAUGCUUAAAAUAAUUUAAAUCUUACCUGAAAACCCCAAUGGUGAAUAUCUCCUGAAAAAUCUUGAACUUUGGGUCUUGCACAUCCCUAGUUACCAUCUUUGUAAAAAUGUUGGAUCUAUGUUUGCCUGACUCGCUGUAGCUUCCGUCACUGGUAACUUUAUACUUCCGUAUAUUAAGAAAAUAUACGAAACUAUUCACUUUACGAAGAGUCACAAAGCUAUAUAGUCUCUAAAUAAUAUAAAUAGCUGUAUAUUUAUAUAAUAUUAGUAUUGCCAUUAUAAUGUAUAUAAAUAAACUCAAUUCCUGUCUGUAAAUAAGUAGCUUUUUAGAAGAUUAUUGUUCUGGUGCAACAUGUAUGCUUAUUGGUAGCGUGCCAAUUAUUUUGGUUUUAAAGUAAAGCUAACUUAAAUUUAGGCAGAUGGAAAAAAAAUUUUAUACAAAACGUCUGAGUGCCCAUUAAAUCAACAAUGAAACUAGGUUUGUAUACUUAAAAAAUGUUUUAUGAGUGUGGGGGACCAAAUUGAAAAUAAUGGAUGGUACUUAUUAUGCCAUAGUUUCUAAUUAUUUCCCAUAGAGUGAGAAUUAUUGAAUAUUUGAUGGAAUUGUUGUCUAAGUUACACAUAACAGUAAUAACAACCUUCCCAGUAAUAAGCUCACUCCUGUCCUAAAAAGGCAAUGCAUUCAUUCACAAGCAUUUAACGCCAAAUAAAAUAGCUUAACUGCCUGUGAUUGCUUCUUUUAAAAUUAUAAUGUACUUUUUUUAAAUUAUUUGGUAGAUUAUAUUAGAAAUUUUAUUUAUGACUUCUUAUCAUAAAUGGUCAAGUCUUUGACACUAAUUUUAACUUGAUUAGAAGGUUUUUUAUAGUUAAAUAACUUCUUUAUCAGCAUCUUAUGUGUUAAAAAACUACCUGAAAUUACAAAAAUAUGUCAAAUAACACUGUAAUAAUAUAUUUACACUUAUAUUGUUUAUUCACAAGACGUAACAUACUAACGUAAUAAACAUUUCAUACUCAUCUAUUGUUUACCGGCCAUCCUCACCUGUUUUAAAUUAACACCAUCUUCCAUUGCAGCUGACAGUGUUAAGAUGACAAAGGAACUGGUUAUUUGGCCAGAUAAAAUAAUGUAUGUUUGCAAGCAUCUGGUUCCAGUAAAAUACCAGCAGAUUUGUUAAACGACCAUCCAAAAUUAUUGGUGUGUCUGCCAGCAAAUAGCCUUAAACCUUUAGUCAAUGCUUAAACUUAAGGAAUGAGAGGAUAUAUUCAUUUUUGUAGACUCCUGUCUUGCAGUUAAACACACUAACACCAUCUCACUACUUGAAGCCUGCAACGUGGUUAAGUAAAAACGUUCAACUUGAGUUUGAGCCAGUGGAAGAGUGUAAUUUAUUUUGGUCCCUUUACUCCAUGUAAUACCUUUUUCGUACUAAGUAAUUUUUUAGUUAAAACAUUAAACUUUCUAUAAACACUUGUUCCAUUGUAAAAAGAAUUCCAACUACUUGUAAUACACUACUCAUAAUAUGUUUUUUCUGUUCGGAAAAAGAAAUAAGACUACGUCUUCUACAUAUAUAAAUAUAUAUUUUUAUUGAUAAUUGUCAGUUGAUAAGUUCUUGAUAAUUUGUUUCAGGAUAAUGUAAUAUGUACACUUGCAUUUGUCCGGCCUUUUAACCACUGAUUUGCAUGUUACAGCAAUUUUUUAAAAUUUAUAAACAGAAAAACAAGCAGCAAAAUUGUUAAAUGUAUAUAGGUAAUUUUAAGACAUGUGUGCUAAGUAUAAAAUUAAACUACCAAAACAACGCUAACUUUUAACAGUGGGCAUAAUAAUUUAACAGUUUUAGUUCUUAGAACUUGUUCAGUUGUUGGCUGCAUUUCUAAUAAGAGUGUCAUUUUAAAAGUGCAAUGCUGUUGUGACAAUUGUGUUUGAGAAUUUGCACUUCCAAAGUACAUGAGCACAGGCAGGCCUGUGUACAGGAUUAGCUGUUAAUCCUCUAAUGUACUUUGUGUCUAGGUUAUGUUGUAUAUCUAGGAAAAAUCUGUGAUUUCCACGUAGGCCUAGAAUUCUCAAAUUUUAUUCAAAACUUAACUUUACUGUCUAAUCAAACAUCUUGGGGAAAUAGUUUAUAAAUAUUUUUAAUGAUGUGAUGAUUUUAGUAACCUUUUUGUAUAGAGUCCAGGAUAUUCAGCAAGUGUGUAAUGCAAUGCGUUUAUUUAAUCAACUAACUCUAGUUUGUAAAAUAAAUACAAUUUAUUUUUGUGAAUUUCAAAAUGUUGACCACUAUUGUAAUAGCUAUUGUCUUUAAAUAUAUAAUAAUGGU